AUGGUGUUGAAUACACUAGACUCCCUGCUGAACAGAGUUGGCGUAGCUAACUCCGCCGCAGCUGGAUUGUCCACCACAAGCUGGGUAGACAAUGGCCUCAGCGGUGGAUCCGGAGUGUGCGUUCAGAACCAAGUUAACAACAACGCCGGCAGUACCGUAGCCUGGAGACACCGAAGUCUCGCGAGCGCCAAAGAUGUGAAUACCGGGACAGCUGCUCUGGCGUUCCUCAAGUACGCCUGCUGGCGUCGCGAGUGCGCCGCCGAGGAGAAGAAGGGAAGUAGCUGCCUUGAACAUAUUGAGAAGCUGAAUAGAUAG